AUGAGUAUUGGAACUUCAAAGGCUUUCUUUUUUAGCCUUUUCUUAACAGCAUUUACAGCUUUUGGAUUUGGAUUACUUACCCUAUUACCAAACGGUUUUUAUUUCUUUUGGGCUUCAUUAGCUAUUCGGAUCGUUCAGGCACUUGCUAGAACCGUUUUUGUUAUAAGUUCAUUGACUAUUAUGGCACAACUUUUUCCUGCAAACAUUUCACUUUUGGGUGGCCUACUUGAAGCAUUCGCUGGUUUUGGAUACAUCUCAGGGCCAGUAAUAGGAAGUGUAUUGUUUGAAUUUGGGGGGUUUAUAACUCCAAAUUUCACGUUUGGAACAUUAAUGGCAUUAACUGGAAUAGCUUUUGCCUUCUCCACAAAGUUGAAGAAAAACAAAGAAAAUAAAAGAGGAAAACAAGGAAAAAGCUUCAAAAAUAUUUCUUUAAUUUAUCCACAAAAAUCUGGACAAUUAUCUGAAGAAUCUUCCAAUUCCUCUGAUUUCGAAGCAUUAUCAAAGUCUUCUAAAUGCAAUUCUAAUACAAAAAUAAACAAGACUAACAAGGAUAUUAAUUCAUCGAAUAAUGGACUUUUAUCAGUACUUAGACUACCCAGUACGUGGCUUAUAAUGUUAGUGAUAACUACUCGUGGGAUUACUUGCUCCUUCUUUCAGGCACCUUUGCCAGAACAUUUAAACUCGUUAAACUCUUCCGCAGUGAUCAUUGGCACAAUAUAUACAAUAAUGAGUGUUAGCUACUUUAUGAGCGCCCCAAUAUGGGGAUUAUUUAUGGGAUUGAAUAAAAAGAAAUGUCAAAAUUCUGCCUUAAUUGUUACAAUAAUUGGGUCAAUAUUAGCCUUUCUAUCAACAUUUUUGAUGGGGCCAUUCCCUCUUUUACCAAUCCAAAAGACUAUUCCACUCAUCAGCGUUUCAUUUGCACUGCUGGGCUGCGCAUCUGCUGCUUUAUAUAUUCCCGUCUUUCAACUUUGCUCGGAUAUCUCAAAAUCGACGGAUGAAGAAUCGACCCGAAUUUAUGCUUGUCUAUCGUUUGCUGGUAACAUACUUGGAGGGUUUGGUGCUCAAAAAUUUGGUUUUGCCUGGACUUGCUCAAUUAUUUCUUUUUCUCAUUUUGUUUUUAUUUUUAUUAUUGUUUCUUACUCAUUGUUAUUUAAAUUUAAUGAAAAUAAAAGUUAG